AUGGACCACAGCAAGGCCACCGUGAAGCAGGAACAGCAGGACCCAGAGCUGCUGGACCUCAUGAGCCGGGACCACCGAGGUUCCAGCUCAGUCCGUCCUAAGAAGAAACGUGGUCGACUUCCGUGUGGAAAGAAGUAUGAGUGCGACCUUUGUGGACGGAUCUGUAGCAGUCCGUCCACCUUGAAGAUCCAUGUCCGCUGCCACACCGGCGAGAAGCCGUUCAUGUGUGAGGACUGUGGGCGGAGCUUCAGCGUGCAGCAGAGUCUGACGGUGCACCGCCGCAUCCACACGGGGGAGCGGCCGUUCAAGUGCGAGGACUGCGGCAAAGGCUUCUACAUCAAGUCAAGUCUGACUGUUCACCGCCGCUGCCACACUGGUGAAAAGCCGUAUGGUUGCGACCUGUGUGAGAAACGCUUUACCACCAAGAACUGUCUGACCCUCCACCGCCGCGUCCACACCGGCGAGAAGCCAUUCUGGUGUGAGACCUGCGGGAAGACCUUCGCUCUGAAGCAGCAGCUGCACCUCCACGAGGCCGUCCACACCGGGGGCAAGAGGGCCGUCUGCAAGGUCUGCGGAAAGGGCUUCUCCUGCAACAAGACCCUGAAGAUCCACCUCCGCGUCCACACCGGCGAGAAGCCGUACGGCUGCAACCUGUGCGGACAGGUCUUCGCCACCGGCAACGAACGCCGCUUCCACCGCCUGCGCCACCGCUUCGAGAGCCUGGUGGGCAGGGUUCCGCAGCACAAAGCUUUUGUCAAGCUGUCUUCAUCAUCACAGACUUCAUUACCACAGAGCCUUCAGGGUUGCUCUGAGUUAUUCUUCCGAGUCAGAGUUGUGAUCACACACACUCACACUCUCAGAGUGAGAAGACCUGCCCUCAUGGACCACAGCAAGACCACCGUGAAGCAGGAACAGCAGGACCCAGAGCUGCUGGACCUCAUGAGCCGGGACCACCGAGUGAAGCAGGAACAGCAGGACCCAGAGCUGCUGGACUUCAUGGACCAGAUCCAGACCAGGAUGAAGCAGGAAGACCUGGACCUGAAUCAGGAGCUUAAAACUCUGAUCAAACAGGAGGAACAGGAGGAAGAUGAGGAGCAGGAGGAAGAUGAGGAGGAGCAGCAGCAGGAGGAAGAUGAGGAAUGGCAGGAGGAGCAGGAGGAAGCUGAGGAGCAGGAGCUGCAGGGUUCCAGCUCAGUCCGUCCUAAGAAGAAACGUGGAAAGAAUUACGAAUGCGACCUUUGUGGGCGGAUCUGUAGCAGUCCCGCCACCCUGAAGAUCCACGUCCGCUGCCACACCGGCGAGAAGCCGUUCAUGUGUGAGGACUGUGGGCGGACCUUCAGCGUGCGGCGGAGUCUGACGGUGCACCGCCACAUCCACACGGGGGAGCGGCCGUUCAAGUGCGAGGACUGUGGCAAGGGCUUCAGCAUCAAGGCGAGUCUGACCCUCCACCGCCGCUGCCACACCGGCGAGAGGCCGUACGGCUGCGAACUGUGCGGGAAAUGCUUUACCAGCAAGCAAUAUCUGACCGUCCACCGCCGCAUCCACACCGGCGAGAAGCCAUUCUGGUGUGAGACCUGCGGGAAGACCUUCGCCCAGGACCAGCAGCGGCAGAUCCACGAGGCCGGCCACACCGGGGACAAGUUGGCCUUCUGCAAGGUCUGCGGAAAGGGCUUCUCCUCCAAAAAGACCCUGAAGAUCCACCUCCGCUUCCACACCGGCGAGAAGCCGUACGGCUGCGACCUGUGCGGACAGGUCUUCGCCACCGGCAACGAGCGCCGCUUCCACCGCCUGAGCCACCGCUUCGAGAGCCUGGUGGGCAGGGUUCCGCAGCACAAAGCCUUCCUCAGGCUGUCUUCAUCAUCACAGACUUCAUUACCACGGAGCCUUCAGGGCCCCAGUGGUCCUUGAUAGUCCCAGGUGGUCCUCCCUGGACCCCGGAGGACCUCAGGGGUCCGCAGUGGUCCUGAUUCACAGUGGUGAUGUUCUGUCAGUAAAAGACUUCAAGCGUAUCGUAUCAGCAGCAGGAGGAGCCUGAAGCUGCCUCGCUCCAAAACUGGGAGCUCAAUG